GGUGCACGGUGAGCUACUUUGUUUAUGAUUUUCACAUGCAGCAGCGAAUGAGUGCCGGGAGCGUACUGGUCACCAACACACACAGCAUCGCACCGUGCAAGGUUCUCUUUCUCAGUAUGUGCAUAUUUGGGAGACCGAUGAGAGUGAUUCGGUACGUUCGAUUUCCGUUUCGUUUCGGCGAGAGUGUGUUGGUGGAGCGCAAUUAAACGACGUGAUCAAUCAAACUUUGGAGACGAAUUGGCGAACACAUCACACCAGUCAGCCAGGUCCAUGUGUUUGCGAGUUUGCGAGCGUGUGAAAGAAAGAAUGAAAGAAAGAGAGACAACGAUUGAGCCCGUUCACGUUGGCACGACGAAUGGGCGAGCGGGAAAAGUAAUCGCGAGGCGAGCUUGUUCAGGAUCAAUCGCGCGCGAGUAUGCAAGUCGAAACGGGACGGUACGAUGGGGGAGCAAAAUGAUAUCAAUAAUAAAAAUCACUUCGCAUGCAUGUGUGCGCGCAGUGGAGCUCUCUGACGGUUUGAUACGGUGCGGGGUGGCCGGCGGGGUCAAGUCGAUUCGAUUUCGGAGCGAUGAGUGCGCGAGGACGGUGAGGUUUGUAAUAUAUGAUUUGCAUAGAAAUAUGAUCCCGGUUCGUGUGUGUGUAUAUUUCCUAUUCCGGAAGCGUCGAAGGAAUGAAUUGACGGAGAAAAAUCGCAAAGAAUGAGUUCACGGUACUAAGGCAGUACAGAUUUAAGGAAUAUUACUGGAAUUGAUUUGACUUUGAAAAGCAAAUAGCGGACCACUUCAAUUGCGGCAAACCAAAAAAAAACAGUUCUCAUUUCGAAUCGAAACGCGCGGGGACUGUAGUGGAACUGUUGCACCAUCCAAUGGAACCAAACCGGUCAGUCUCCGGUCGGAUGGACGUCUACCAAGAUGUUGAAAUUUGUCUCGGUUAGCUCAGGAUUGGUACUUCUGGCGAACGUCGUCGAAACCUACUAUCACCGAUAUCCCGAUUCGGUGGACUACAACGACGUAGAUUUCGAUUCCGAAGACUUCGAAUAUACACCCCAUGAAAACCACCAUCACUACCAUCAACAAACUCCAAUUCGAGUAGUGAAGAAAUUUAUCCCGAUUCCAGCACCAGCCGCACCGGUAGCUCCAUACGCCAUUCAGAAGCUUGACCUGACGAAGAAUUCAGCUAGCGGUAGCAAUUCUGGUGGAAUCUCGCAUACUCUAGUGGCCAUAGUUCUGGCACUGGUUGGACAAUUCGUGGCCGGUCUGGUGACUUUGGUGAUGCUCAAACUGAUCGUUGGAAUGAAGGCAAUUCUCGUCACGAACACGAUCAGCCUAAGCCUAGCGUUGUGGAAGCACUUGAAGAAACUGAAAAGGAAAAAGAAACACCGCAAAGGAUGGCACAAGCCAAAACCGCACAAACACUCCAAUAAAAAGAGGAAGAAGAAACAUAAAAAUAAUGACGAUUCGGUAGACUUGAGUCAGGAACAGAUCAAACAAUUGUUGAAACUUUUGAAUAAGAUGAAGAAGAAAAAUAUAUAAUCUAAGUUACAGAGCGAGAGAGUGUCAUUUUGUUUUGGAAUGAAUUUAUUAGUAGCAAUUUUUUUAUCAACGAGACUUAUUCGAAAAAGAUUCGAAGGACCGCUUUAUCACAGAAA